AUGGACAUUUCAGGUAGCUCUGGUAGUGUGAGCACAUCACCUCUUUCAAUGUUUAUAAAGACGGUGGUUGAUAACUCGGAAAUUACGAGAAAAAACUCAGAAGUAAUGGUUCGAUUUAUGAAAGAAUUUAGUAGAACUGAACGCGAGACAGUCUCCAUAACACAGGCAAAAGCUUACCAGAACACCGUAUUUGAAAGUGUUGACGUGGAAUAUUUUCUCAGCAAGAAUAAUACUUACCUUGGUUCCUUUAGGUCAAAUGGAACAGUUAAUACUUAUCUGCGAAAAUAUAGUGUACCAACUGAUACAGAAGAUGAAGUCCAGGAAUGGUUUAAUAGACUGAUGGAGAAUCUCCCAAAAUUUUCAAAGAGCAUCGCUAUAAGAGAUACACACACUAAUGUAUACCUUAGUGGAUAUAAACCGGAUAUCAGUGUCUUUAUGGAAGACGAUAUUAUAAACGAUGCGUAUCUUACCAUGUAUGUACAAGCGCUUUUGGAGGUGAAAAAGAGGAAGAGUUUCUCUCAUUUGCUUGAUGAAGACAAGGGUCAGUUGUUGAAUUAUAUUCGUAUCCUUAUCCGCCAACAGCCAUUGCGAGAGCUUUUUGCAGUAUUUCUUUCAGACGGGUUUUACUUUUAUGUAAUGGCAUAUGAUAGGAGAACCAAUCGGUAUAGUGAGCAUACGACCAAUUUUAAGACUGGCUUGCGCCUCUUCUGGGUGUUGAUCAAUUACAGCUCGCCUUUUACAACGAUGGCUGGACCUAAGUCUAUUGAUUUCAAUCUGUCGCAGGAAGAUUUUACAAGAAUACGCUUAAAGGAAUACUUGGGUAUGGGUGCAUCUUCAAGGGUGUAUAAAAUUGACUGGGAAAAUACUUCAUCAGCCAUAAAGGUUUUUAACAGUGGCUAUAGUCCGAGUAAUGAGGUGGAAACACUAAAAUUCUUGAAUGAGGGUAAUUUCCCGAAUGUUCCAACAUACAUCGCACAUGAUGAUAAUUCAAUGAUUAUACGCCCAGUCUGUGAACGAUUUGGUGACGGAUUCCAAGUAUCUCAUGCACUACAGCUCCUUCAACAUUUAGAGCUCAUUCAUAAGCAGCAAAUUUAUCAUCGAGAUGUGCGCCCGAAAACAUUUUAUUAG